GCAUGCCCAAAGAAAAAUACGAACCCCCUGACCCUCGGAGGAUGUACACAAUUAUGUCCUCUGAGGAAGCAGCAAAUGGAAAGAAAUCACAUUGGGCAGAGCUUGAAAUAAGUGGAAGAGUAAGAAGCUUAAGCUCAUCUUUGUGGUCACUAACUCACCUGACAGCUUUGCAUCUGAGUGACAAUUUUCUGUCCCGCAUUCCGUCAGACAUUGCCAAGCUUCACAAUCUGGUGUAUCUGGACCUGUCCUCGAAUAAAAUCAGGAGUUUACCGGCAGAACUCGGAAACAUGGUAUCACUCAGGGAACUCCAUUUAAAUAACAACCUGUUACGAGUUCUACCUUUUGAGCUGGGGAAACUGUUUCAGUUGCAGACUUUAGGCCUAAAAGGAAAUCCACUUACCCAGGAUAUACUGAACCUCUAUCUGGAACCAGAUGGAACAAAAAGGCUACUUAACUAUUUGCUUGAUAAUUUGGCAGGUACUGCAAAAAGAAUUUCAACAGAACAACCACCUCCAAGAUCUUGGAUUAUGUUACAAGAACCAGACCGAACAAGGCCAACUGCCUUGUUUUCUGUCAUGUGCUAUAACGUUCUUUGUGAUAAAUAUGCGACCCGGCAGUUAUAUGGCUACUGCCCAUCAUGGGCACUAAAUUGGGAUUACAGGAAAAAGGCCAUUAUUCAAGAAAUCUUGAGCUGCAAUGCUGACAUCAUAAGUCUUCAGGAGGUUGAAACAGAACAGUAUUACAGUUUUUUUCUGGUAGAACUGAAAGAACGUGGUUAUAAUGGAUUUUUUAGUCCUAAAUCUAGAGCUAGGACAAUGUCAGAACAAGAAAGAAAGCAUGUUGAUGGCUGUGCAAUAUUCUUCAAGACAGAAAAAUUUACUUUGGUUCAGAAACACACUGUUGAAUUUAAUCAGCUAGCAAUGGCAAAUUCAGAAGGGUCUGAAGCUAUGCUGAACAGAGUCAUGACAAAAGAUAACAUUGGAGUUGCAGUACUACUAGAACUUCGAAAGGAAUUGAUUGAAAUGUCAUCUGGAAAGCCACAUCUUGGAACAGAAAAACAACUUAUUCUUGUGGCUAAUGCUCAUAUGCAUUGGGACCCUGAAUACUCUGAUGUGAAGUUAGUCCAAACGAUGAUGUUUCUCUCAGAAGUGAAGAACAUUAUUGAUAAAGCCUCACGAAGCCUCCACUCCAGUGUAUUGGGAGAAUUUGGAAAUAUUCCACUGGUGUUGUGUGCAGAUCUUAAUUCUUUGCCAGACUCUGGUGUUGUAGAAUAUUUGAGCACUGGUGGAGUAGAAACAAAUCAUAAAGACUUUAAGGAACUAAGAUAUAAUGAAAGUCUUACAAACUUCAGCUGUAAUGGGAAAAAUGGGACAACCAAUGGAAGGAUCACGCACGGUUUCAAGUUAAAGAGUGCCUAUGAGAGUGGCCUGAUGCCUUACACAAAUUACACGUUUGAUUUCAAGGGUAUAAUUGACUACAUCUUCUAUUCUAAGCCUCAGCUCAACACAUUAGGCAUCCUGGGACCUCUGGACCACCAUUGGCUAGUUGAGAAUAAUAUCAGCGGCUGCCCACACCCGCUUAUCCCCUCCGACCACUUCUCACUUUUUGCACAACUGGAGCUCUUACUGCCUUUCCUGCCUCAAGUUAACGGCAUUCACCUUCCUGGCAGGAGGUAGUCAAGUACCUUCAGAAGACGACCUCAAUUUCACUUGUAAACUUAUAAAAAAUCUGAAUAUAGGGGAGUGAGGUAUGGCCACUAGGAAUUUUCUUUUCUUAGUGAUGAUUGGAGUUUUCAGUCUGAUUAUUUGAUAAGGAUGCAGUGUGAAAGCCAGGUGCUAGCAACAGACACAUUCUGAGCCCAAUAUGCUUUAUGUACUGUUGGACAGGGAUUGGUGUGUUUGCACCUAUCUUUAAUUUGUUACAAGUAAUUUUCCUGUUUCUUCUGUCCUAUAUAAUAUUUUCAUGCCUUGAAAUAGGAAAAUGUUUGAACAGCAUAUUCUCUUUGCACAGAAACCUGUAGUACUACUUUUUUGAGGCCAGUAAUAACAUCCAGAGACCAUUCUCCCAUACUUUACUCCCUCCUUUUUCAGACAUAUUUGUAAAAUACAGAAUUUAAAUUUAGCCUUUAUGAUUGUAUAUGAUCCACAAAAGACCUGAUUUAUGAAAUUUUGUACUAAAAAUCAGAUUUGGAAAUGAUUGUAUUGUAAAUUAAGGCUAAGUUUGUUUGGUUUUUUACCUGUUUCAUGUGUGACGAAGGCCAGCUUGUAAAAGAAGUUGGAACAGACUUUCUCUGCUGAUGACUUGCACUGGUAGGGUUUUCUUGGCCGUUUUGUACUACUUUGUUAUUAAAUGGAGAACAUUGCUCUUUAAACCUGUUUAAAGCUUAGGACAUUUUUUCGGACCAGAAGUAACCUUAUUUGUGAAUUCUGGGUUUUUACAAAAACUUUCUACCUACCAGGACAGAUAAGCUGAGCAGUGAUGAUCUGUAGGCAUUUAUGGACUGAAUGUAAUGGUCGAUAUGUGUACAUUCUGGUAUUUUUAAAUCUUUAACUUUUUUUAAGUUAAAAAAUUACAGCUGCUUCGGUACAGCUUUUUAACUCCUUUUUGAGACACCUCCUAUCUCCACUGUGCCUGCCUAAAUUGUUCUCACCAACCACUGCCUGUGCAUGCAGAGAAAAUCUGUGCAUCUUCUUUUAUAGUUUUUAAAUACUGUUGAACAUUUGUGAGGAUUUUAUGGAAAUGCUUUUGUAUGAGCUGUGACUUUUUUUCCAUUGUGAAGCAUUGAAUUAUCACAUUUUAGAACAUAGGGUGAAUCUCUGGGUCUUUGCUCACCAGACCCAAGCACUGCUUCUUGGUGUCAUAGCACAGUGCUGUCACCCAGAAUACUACUAUCAUGUGAAGUCUUUUUGUUUUCCAUGUAUUCCUUAGUCUCCAUGUUUUUCUUUAAAAAAAAAUCAUUCCUUUUUUUUUUUUUUUAAGUAAUUUUCAGUUUAUGAAGCAGUAUAAAUAAGAUGUAUUUUCAAAGCAGGUCCGUAAGACAAUUCUUCAGAUCAUUUUUGAAGUGACUAAGUUAUUUUAAUAUGGCAACCAAGAUAAAAGUUAUAUUGUACUCUGUGUAUUUUGCCCAUAGUGCCGUUAGUACUGAUUAGAGAUUAGAGCCAGCUUUAACUUUGCAAAAUUAACUCAUAUAUAUUCUGGUCUCAUUCAUUUAUUAUCACCUCAAAAAUUAAAUGAUUUCAGAGGAAACUUGGUCCAACUGCUUUUGUUUCAGCUGCAGGCAAGGGAGGAAAAGGACACCCAUGUGAGCAUUAGGGGGAAAAAAUGUUGAAUGAUAAUUAACAAUUUUUACACAGAGAAUAAGUCAUUUUGGAUAAUGACUUAAAAUUUUAUGAAAAAUGUUCAGCACUUAAAUGUGCUCAUUCUGUUUUUAAGAGAAAAUAAAAUUUACAUACUGUUUAAAUAUUUUUUUUCUUUUUAAAAAAAAUUCUCCAAAAGCUGUUGAUCUUGAACCUUUGUCUGGGACCUGAUUUCUCCUUUGAGGUUUUUUAAAGAUUUUGUUGUGAUGGAUUUUUUUUUUCUUUUUGUUUAAGUUGUGCUGACACCAAACACGUCCAGUUUAUAAUGAAUACAUUGAGAAAUUGGUGUUAUUGAUGUAGAACCAAUGCAUAACUUUUUAUGGGGUUUUUUGUUUUAUUUUUUUGUAAAGUGUGAAUAAAGGUGUGUUUACUCAUUUUUCCUAAACACUGUGUUGGUAAUGUGCAUCAUGACAAUUCCCAGCAAAGGCAAGCUGGAUCUGGUUGGACUGAUGAAACAAAGGAUACUGCUUUUCCUCUGAUCUGCAUUGUGUAAUAACAGGUCCAGAGAGCUUUAUGGAACGGGGAGGAGAGCAGCACUUACUCAGUUUGUAUUUGUUAAUGGAGGAUGUGUUCUUUCCAUAGAUGCUGGAACUAGAGUGCACUUGUUAGAUGCUAAGGGUUUGAGCUUUACAGAAAAUGUUUUCAUCUGUAUGUUAUUGUCUAUGAUAUAUUUAAAUUGGGGGGACAGGAUAGUAAGAUACAAUGGCCUGUUAUGUCUUGAAAAUAUUUGUUCUUGCCUCUUUUAGGCAGACUGCAUUCUGUGGGGUCAGUUUGAACAGCUUCUCCACCUUAUUCAGAUAGUGAUGAAUUGAUCCAAGAGUGUAGGUUUACAACUAUAACCUUCAAAAGAAAAAGAAAUAUUUUGGAUCUGUAGGGAAUCAACGGUCACACCAAAAUAGACUGUGAUACUUUUAUUAAGCAAGGUUUUGUGUUUUAAAUAUUUGUGUCCUGAGUAAUUUUCAAUAAUCCAUACUCCCUAAAAUGCAAUAAAAAACGAGUAUGUUUUCACAGUCUAGAUUUUUUUUCCCCAGAAAUUCUGCAACAAAUACAUUUAAUGUGGUGUUGCCAUAACGUAAUUUCAUUGUUCUUGCUGGAUAAAUCCAUCGUAUGAAUGUUUUACAGAAAACUUGGGCUGUGUUUUCUGUUUUAAUGGUCAGAAACUUGGAGGCACUCAAUUCCUUGUUGUAAAUCUCUUGAAGUACAGUUUGCCGUAUUAGUGGUAAUUAUUUAUGCUUUGAGAAUUUAAAUUAUGUUCAUUAAAAUUAAUUUAUGACAUAAUUUAAACUAAAGUUGUAGAUAUAAAAUGUUGGUUGCAACUUUAAUCAUCCUAGAAGAAGAUAGUCAAGGAACAUCUCCAAGAAAUGUGCUUUUAUUUUUACCUGAUUUAGUGACAGCCAGGAAAACUUAUUUUGAGUUAGCACUUUGAAACCUAGGGACAUUAUUAAUAGGGUGGAAUGCACUUCUAAAUGUUGAAAUUAAAAUUUCAGAGCUCUUCUAAUAUGCAGGUUUUCGAUGAUAAAUUCCAGUUUUAGUAUUCCAUUUUUUACUAUUUAAAGUCAUAAGAUUUGUUUUCAUAGUGAUUUUUAAGGUUUGGGGGUCAUGUCAUAUAAAAAUAAAGCCAACCUAGGCAAAAGAAUUAAAGCAGUUUGUUCUUUUAAUGAACCAGUCAGAAUGCCCAGAACAAAUGAUGCAGAUAAUUCAAAGAACACUUUUAGCAAGUAUUUCUCCCCCAUUCAUAAACAGUAUUUCAAGAUGUUCAUUUUGCUCUUCUCUUUGGUUACAUAAAUUUUAAUAACCGGUAUGUUGAAGGCGUAUCUAAAAUAGAGUAUCUAGUUUUUAUUCACAGUACAUUAUAUUGUGUGAUGCACUGGGCUAACUUUUGUUUACCAUUCAUGUAACAAGACCCAGCACAUUAUCUGCACUAAGCUCAAAGAAUGUCGCAUUUGCCUAGGCAGCUCUUUGAUAAGGGUAAUGGGAAACUGAAUAUGUACCUAUGGACCGGAGAUGAUAAGGGCUUUUACUGUUCUUUUCAGUGGAACCUACUUGGUCAAAUUGUAACUAGCUAGUAUUAUAUUUAUAUACAGGGUCUCUUUUCUUUACCGAUGUAUUUUCCUACUCAUAGCCGACCAAUAAAUUCAAUAUCUGUUUCAAAUAUUUUAAAAGUGUAAUUUGUAUAGCUGUAGUAUUGAGGUUUGAGAAAAGAAAUGUUAAUCAGCAGACCGCAUAUUUAAAAUUCUGAGUCAUCUGGGACAGGGUUAUAACUCACCCUUUGAAAGGGAAGAGUGAUUGGGGGACAAGGCCAUAAUACUGUAGAAAUGGAUGGUAUAAACUUAAGGAUUUCCUUAAUGGCUGUAUUAUUCUGUGUUAACACUCAUAUCUUUGCCAAAGUUCAGUUUUAUAUUUAGGCAACUGAUGGUCCUUUGCAUUUAGGAUUGUUGUUGUUACCAUAUACCUCAUAAUGACUUCGUAUGUCUUCUGUCUUUUGGAAGGAGAUUGACAUAUUUUAAAUAAAUGUUUUUAAAUAUAGUAGCAAACAUUGUGUUGGUGGGGUUGUGCUAAUUCAUUAAAUGUUUUUCUUGUUACAUGUAUGUUUUGUUGUAUAUAAACUUCUAAAAUGUAUGACUUCCCAGCUCUUCAGGACAUUAACUACAUUUGCUUUUUAGAAACUACUUCUAUAACAAAUAAAUGUAAUUUUUUUUUUUAAA